CCGCCGCACGUUUCCCUUCCUCGCACACUUCUGCCUCUCUCUCUCUCUCUGACUCUCUCUCUGGAAUUCUUACCUUUCUACACAUUUGAAUCCCCUGAUACCUACACGCCUGAAACAUUUAGUCCAUACCCGCAAUUUUCGGAUCAAAUUUUCAACCCGAAUUGGAAACUGAUCUGGUUGUACCCAGCAAUUUUGGUUACCUAAUACUCUGAUUUCCCCCUAUUCUACUCAGAGAAUGCCCCCUGACUCGUCGUCUGAACCGGACCCGGAGGAUUCUGACACCGAGUUCGUCGAGAUCGACCCGUCCGGUCGAUAUGGUCGGUAUAAAGAGGUUCUUGGUAAAGGGGCGUUCAAAAAGGUAUAUAGAGCAUUUGAUGAAUUGGAAGGAAUUGAAGUAGCUUGGAAUCAAGUUAAGGUCGCAGAUCUCUUGCGGAAUUCUGAGGACUUGGAUCGACUGUAUUCAGAAGUUAAUUUGCUCAAGACUCUCAAGCACAAGAAUAUCAUCAAAUUUUACAACUCAUGGGUGGACAAGAAAAGGGAUAAUAUCAACUUCAUUACCGAGAUUUUCACUUCUGGGACAUUGCGGCAAUAUCGGAAGAAACACAAGCACGUUGAUGUAAGGGCGUUGAAGAAAUGGUCCAGGCAGAUCUUGGAGGGCCUUUUCUAUCUUCAUAGCCACGACCCGCCUGUAAUCCAUCGCGACCUAAAGUGUGAUAAUAUUUUCGUGAAUGGAAACCAAGGUGAGGUGAAGAUUGGAGACUUGGGACUCGCUGCAAUUCUUCAUCAGGCUCGAUCAGCUCAUAGUGUCAUUGGUACUCCCGAGUUCAUGGCACCAGAGCUUUAUGAGGAGGAAUACAAUGAGCUAGUAGAUAUUUAUGCAUUUGGUAUGUGCUUGCUGGAACUGGUGACCUUUGAGUACCCGUAUGUUGAAUGUUCGAAUGCUGCUCAAAUAUACAAGAAAGUGACAUCAGGAAUUAAGCCAGCAGCAUUGGCAAAAGUAAAGGAUCCUGGAGUCAGAGCUUUUAUAGAAAAAUGUAUUGCUGAAGUCUCUGACCGGUUGCCUGCAAAGGAACUUCUUAUGGAUCCUUUUCUCCAGUUUAAUGAAGAUAGUGAAAUAAUUGGCCAACCCCUACCACUGUAUGCUGAUAAUGCAGAUUUGAAGGACCCUGUGCCAGAGGGAAGUCGAGACUUCACUGUAGAGGGUCAAAGGAAGGACAUGAACACUAUAUUUCUGAAACUAAGAAUAGCAGAUUCCACAGGUCAUUUUCGGAAUAUCCACUUCCCAUUUGAUACUGAGUUCGAUACAACGCUCACUGUUGCAAGUGAAAUGGUUGAGGAGCUGGACCUAACGGAUCAAGAUGUAUCAACUAUUGCUUCGAUGAUUGACUCAGAAAUUCGUUCUUAUAUCCCUGACUGGGCACCCGCAGAACUUUCUGUCAAUGAUGUCAGUAAUCAAGUUGCAGUAUCUGACAUCAGUUAUUCUGAAGCUAAGAAUGAUGCCUCUCAUUUGACAAGUGAUUUUACUACCCCUUCUGUUAAUCUUGUGUUGGAACGUCUUCCUUCUGGUCGGAAGUACUGGUCAGAUUCACCCAAAGGGGUAGAUGGUAAUUCUCCCAUAAAGUUUGACCCUUUGAACUUGUCUCUUGAAGAUUCACAAACCACUGGGCAUACUGGGAUUGGUGAAAAUGAACAAUGUCCUAGUGACUUUAGACAUGGGGAUUCAAAUUAUGUUUCACUUGAACCGCAAGAGGAUGAGUAUAUGGUCCAUGAUAAUUGGAACAAAAAAGAAACUGCUUUGUCCACUAUUUCACCAUUUGACGAAAGUAACAGCAAUAGAGAUUUUCUUUUUGGCAAUGGACCACGUGCAUUGGGAGGGAACAAUGAAACAUUAAGUGAUGUUGACUCGGAUGAUGUUAGAAUCAUUGUGGAGAAACUUGAGCAUCUGUUGACUGAACAGCAACAAGAGCUAGAUGAACUGAAGAGGAAGCAUGAGUUGGCUGUAUUAGAUCUCUUGAAGGAAAAUCCUCCAGCAAUACGUCACCAAGUAAUAAAAAUUUGUAAGCUGAAGAUUUCUGACUACAAAAUGCAUACUUAGAUGCACUGCAUAGCUGGGAAUUCUGCUAAUUAAGGGUCCUUUUCAAAGAUGGAAGUUUUGACAUGUGGAUACUUAAUCGAAUGUUGCAAUCACCCUACUCAUGCUCAAAAGUUGAUAUUCCACAAAUCCUAGAUAUUUCCACGGUGGCAAAGUUGGGAGGAGUUGGUGGCUGAAAACUAUAUAUUUGGAUCGACAUAUAAAGAAGUUUGUAAAGGAACACACCACAUUUGGCAUGGGUAUUGCUGUGAUUUUGGGAGUGUACCAUGAUGUAAAUUAUAGCGUGGGGAGAAAUUUUAUGCUUGUGCUAAUCUUGCUUGAUAAAUCUCUUUCAUAGGAAGCAGCAUGAUCCUCUUCGUGGAAAGGCCAGACAAUUGCAUGCCGCUGCCGAGGUGAGAUAUUUUCGCCCAAUGCCAUAAAUUUCAUCUGCAUUUUGCACAUUUAGUUGUCAUCCAUACACAAGGAUAAUGUGUUUGUACAUUUAUUCAUAGUUUAUACGAGUCGUCAAAUUUUGAAGAAGUUUAUAUUUGUACAUAUGGUUCAUAGUCCUUGUAUUAGCAACAGGAAACGCUGAUUUCCUUCAAAAUUUUGCCUGCUGACAUAAAUUAAGUUUUGAACUUUGUGGUAUUUCAUUUGUUUUCCCUGUGGAGGGCAUGUGUUCUUUAGACCGGUUAACCAUAGUUGUACCCACCUUUCUCUUUAGAAUGCAAUCACAUUUUUGUUUU